UCCAACAGUGUGUUGAAUGGAGUUUCCCACCAUCACCACCCACACGAGCGGUUCUCGAUUUGCAUGCACCUAAACCCACACACACCCACACUUUAGUAGUACUAUAUAGUAUAUAUAUAUAUACACAGCUACUGGUUUCAAUACCAAAACCUUUCAUCUUCCACCUUUUUGUGUUUUGUUUUCUGCAUUAGUUUUGGUGUUUUCUCUCUGUGGUCGUUUUUUUAAGAUUUGUGGUAUAAAUUUCUGAUUUCACAUCAGAAGAUGAAUCCACACAACAACCUCAUAAACAGUUGCGAGGCGAGGCAGGAUUUGACGUUUCUACCCCUAUCAAUGAAAAAAUCCAAGGUGUGUGCGAGAGGGCAUUGGAGGCCACACGAAGACGCUAGGCUCAAAGAGCUGGUCGCCCAAUUCGGGCCCCAAAACUGGAAUCUCAUCGCUCAGAAACUGGAGGGCAGAUCAGGAAAGAGCUGCAGAUUGAGAUGGUUCAACCAGUUGGAUCCAAGAAUAAACCGUAGGGCAUUCAGCAAGGAAGAAGAAGAGAGGCUGAUGGCAGCACACACAAUGUAUGGCAACAAAUGGGCCAUGAUUGCCAGAUUGUUUCCAGGCAGAACAGACAACGCUGUGAAGAACCAUUGGCAUGUCAUCACCGCCAGGAAACACAGGGAGGAAAUCAAUCUACAAAUCCCUAAUUCCAUUUCUACUCACCAAUCACAUCCUUCCUCUCUUAUACCCCUUCACAUUCCAAAUCAGGAGCUCAAUCAAACCUGUUCGAAUUCUGAAGAUUCUUCUGCAUCUCAAUCAGUAGCCAACAAUCUCUCUCCUCUCUCUGGCUGUGGGGAAGAUGAGACUGGGAAAUUGCAAAUCAGAAGCAUAGCAUUCAUUGAUUUUCUUGGAGUGGGGGCCACUUGAGAGAGAGAGAGAGUAAAAAAGUUUUUUUUUUUUUUUUAAUUUUUGGAGGACUACUUGCUAGGUUAUGUCAUGGAAGUCUCUACUUAGACCUGGUAACUAAUGAGCAAUUAUUGCAUCUCUGUUCAGUUGCAAGCCAAAACAGAGAAACCAACAAAAAAGAGUAGGAUUUGUAGAGGUCCCUUCCGUCUCUGUUCCAACUGUAAAUCCCAUAAAUGGUUAAAAGAAAGGGAAGAAUUUUUACUGCCUAAACUCAUUGUUUUUACAUCACUUUUAUGUUUGUGAGGCUAAGUACAAAAUGUGAGAUC